AUGGCCCCACUUGAACUCUGGGGAAACCACAUCCCGCCGAUUACAUCGGCCAAGCACCUCGCCGAUCUUCGUCAGAAGCACGGAGUUCCUCCAAACGUGGAGAUGAUACUCCGCUCCGACGAUCCGUUUUCUCCGGAGACCGUCCCGCCGGGUUUCUGCUGCACAUACACAGUGUAUUUCGAAAAAUGUGGGCUCGUGUUCCCUAUCCCGAGGAUCAUCUUUCGGAUCCUGCAACGCCUUCGAAUGGCGUUUCCCCAGAUGUGUCCGAACUUUGUUCGGCACGUCAUGGGGGUAUACGUUCGAGGUCGUGAACUUGGACUUGAACUCGGGGUCGACGACAUCCUCCGGUUGUACCUCAUCAAACACAACUCUGGGUUUCCCGGGACAUUCUACACCUGUCGCCGCCGCAGCCCGGAGAUAAUUCAGGCGCUUCCGGGGAAGGACGACCGGUGGAGGGAAAAAUACUUUUACUUCCUGGUUACUCCGGCAGCGGUGGGGGAUUACAACUUUGCUCGUCUCCCCAUCCAAUGGGCCGUAUGCGUCGAUUCGGAAGAACCUUUGAGAAUACCGGCGACCCGAGAAUUAAUUGAAAGGCUACGAGCAGGCGAGGUUAGGUGGAACUCAUUCACGCGAGCUCGUAUCAUAGCAGCCCUUAACGCCCCGAUAGUUCGAGACACUCCAGCUCCGGCCCCGCCGCUUCCUGCUAACCAAGCGAGGAGCGAAGGAACAGACAACUCCCCCGCUCGCAGAGAAUUAAGUUCUUCUUCGACCUCAACCCCACUACGCACCAUGGUUAGGAAGCCGUCACUCCGCGAACUCAGGGAACAAUUGCAGCAACCCCGAAGGGUUCGAGCUGGCGAUGUUGAUGCCGCGCUGGCCAAUGCUCUUCGAGCCGUUCAGCCCGCACCGUCUCGGGUAGUUAGUGAGGAGGUGAACCAAGCCCCCGCGAUCCCAACCGGUCCCUCUAGUCCGGCUAAGGAGGUUAUGCUCGUCAGCUCGCAGUCGACUCAUGGCGAGCCGUCUCCGAUGCCGAAAAGGGCUCGCACAGACAAUCCCUGA